AGGGAUGGAGGAAAGAUGUAGCACCAAUCAGGCCCCUGAGGACCGAUAGGAACAUCGACUGAGUAAUCUGCUUUCUACUAUUUAGUGAGAGGCAAGACCUAUUUCUAUAGAAGAAGCACAUUUUUAUAAGUCUCUAUAAAAACACUAUCGGUGUUAGAAUAUUAAACUCUCCCUACCCGGUGGACUGGGAGAUCUGUGGCUAAAUGGAGUGCUACUACUCUGCUGGCCAAUCGGAUAGCUCAAAUCACCUUGCCUGCCUACAGCUUCCAAGACACAAGUUUGAUACUAGCCUACGUGAGAUGUCAUAACUUUUAAAACCAGAGAGAGACUGUCAAAGAAAACAACAAAGAGAAGCUGUUUUUAUGAAACCCCCCUUCAUUUUCCUGGAGAUGUUGAGAAGAAGAGCAGCACGGUCAUCUGGACCAGAGCCUGAAUCUCUUGACUGCCCCCCUGAUACUCCUGACAACAGAGAGAUGAGAGACUCCCCCACAGCCCCACUGACUGACAGAACAGACCAGGAGGUGGAGGAUCACACAGCCAACAUGUCUCCAACAGGUCAAAUGGCUGAUGUGCACCAAUCCAGGAGUCAGAAAUGGAAAGUGGUUUUGAUCAUCCUGUGUCUGUCUGUCACAGUAUCUGUCACACUGUCUUCCCCAUUGGUGACUUUCAGGACCAACUCUACUCAAGCUCACUCCCUUCCUCCCCCUGUUCUCUCUACCUGCCCUCUUCACACAGCCAAUGAGACUAUAACACCAGUUAAGGGUUCAACUCAUCUAAUGGUGUCUGCAUACCAGGACCACAGGGAAGGGGGAGCCACGCGCAUCAUUGCCAUGGUCAACAGAGACCGACCCAUGUCUCUGUACUGUGUGUUGUGCUGAUUAGGACACGCCCCCAGGUCGCUCCAGCUGCUGUCGUAACGCACAGCGUCCACUAUGGUUACCCGUAUGUGGCCGCAGACAUGCUUUGCCUCGAAGAACCAGGAUGCCACGCCACGCACGUCACUCUCGGCACAUCCCUCGACAUCCAGGACACCCUCAACCGGACAUUUCUGAGCAUCCAGAACCGGGAGCGACGGGAGGAGGACUUCCCCUUUUACCUCACCGUGUGCAUGUCCAGCAUGUUUGGAGACUACAACAACGUCCAACAGUUUGUCCAGACCAUGGAGUUUUACAAGCUCCUGGGGGUGCGGAGGGUUGUCCUCUACCUCACCAGCUGUGGACCUGAUCU